AGGUAGGAUAGGUAGGAUAGGUAUCGGAGAGUGGCUAUAGGUGAGCACACGCCUCGCGUUUUCCGUGACCAGCCAGUUACCUUUCUCCUCUUGCGGCAGUAGCAUAUGGUUUUCAUUUCGCGGGCGUUGAUAAAACGCGGCUUGCCGCAGUGAUUAAAUUUAUUCGUGGACUGCUGGAGAAAAUUCAUAUCAUUUUUUUCAACGUUACACCGACAGUGUCGAAAGUUUAUUCGAUUCGUCGUUCAACGAGUAGAAAUACAGCCGCGAAAUUUUCUUCGCGUCUCGAUUCUCCCUCCGAUUAUCCAAAUCGAUUUUAUUUUCAAACUUUCCAUCGAGUAACCGAAUCGCAUGAGAAAAAAGUGUAUCGUUGUUCGUUGAGUUUUAUUGUUCCCCUCGUUAAAUUUCGAUCGAGAUACAGUUGUUCAUAUAUAUUUGUGGAGUUGAAUUUGUAAAAGCUGAAACGAAAAGACAUCGCAUUCGAAAUGUUGCUGUUCGGCAGCACUCUCCUAUUGCUCGCCCUCGUCGCGGGAACUGAAUGCCAGCGAACCGUAUCGAGAAAUUCACGUCAGAGUCGCUCCGAAGCAGCUCUGCAAUUCGAGUGUCCCGAAGAGUUCGGAUACUACCCUCAUCCCCAAGAUUGCACUCAGUAUUACGUCUGCGUUUUUGGCGGUGCCUUGCUCGAGUCAUGCACCGGCGGACUCAUGUACAGCCACGAACUCCAGACCUGCGACUGGCCCCGCAAUGUGGGUUGCGUUUCGCAGUUGAGGGACGACCAAUCCCCGGCUAAAAAUAUCGAAAGGAUCGAAGAAGAGCCUCAGCACGUGAGGGCUUCAAAGAUCGAGUCUAUCCAGCAGCAGCGUCCCGUUCAAAGACAGCCCCAACAACAACAACAGCAGCAGCAGCAGCAACUCUUGCUGACUUCAAAAUCGCCCUUGUCUUCGUCACCCGUCUCCGAAAGGCAACGUCAACGUCAACAACAUCAACAUCAACAGCAGCGCACGUACGACGAGGAGGAAUACGGGCCAGCGUCGGAGGUGGAGAACGACAGACAACAGCGAGUGUAUCGAGGACAACCGUCGACCAUCGGUCAAGUGCAACGUGACCGAGAUGGACUGAGGAGAAACGUCAUUUCUAACAUGGAGAGGGAGAAAGACGUUCUAGCGAUUUCACGCGGUCAACCCCAAUCGCAUUACAGAACUAUUCCGACCCAAGCUCCGAGGAUUGUGCAAAAAAUAGCGACCACUCCGAUCCCGAUAAUCUCAAAGUCUUACUACAACGAACCCGAUCCAAGUUAUCCGUACUACACGAUCUACGAUGACGAGGUGGCACUCUACAAAGAUGACGUGGACUACAAUCAAUUCUCGCUGAAUCAGACCGAGCAGAUUAUCCCACCGACGCCGAACGUGAGGGUAACCGAGAUUUCGGUCAGCCCGAAAACUUACACCCAGCGACCGAAAAAAGUCGAAGUCAAUGACGCCGACGCGUACAAUUUGAACCAGGACGUAACAGUCCAAGAUUACGACAUCUACGACUCUCCGGCCGACAUCAAAAAUAAGUUCCGGAUAUCUUCCGACGGUCAACAGCAGCAAGUGAUAAGAAACAACAUCCUGAACCAUCCCGGUGGAAUUCUGACGACUCCGAACGUCGUGAUCGAAACCCACACGCCCUUGACGACAACUACUCCAUUGCCCACUACUCAAAGACCGAUUCCCGUCACUACGCCAAGCCGGUCACGACCCCAAGUCAAUCGAGGAACAGCUCCGCCUCGGUCCCGGCCAACGCUGAAACCUUCGACGGAGUUCGUUUCGAAGGCUCAAGAGUUCGUGGAUAUAUACAAAAAUUUGCCGUCGAGACCAGAGCCGGUUUACCCUACACCCCAAGUAGACAAACCUGCUGCCAAAUGCAGGAAGGACGUCUGCCUUCUCCCAGACUGUAACUGCGGUGGUCCGGAUAUUCCGGGGGAUUACAUGCCUGAAGAGAUACCGCAGAUCGUCCUCCUCACUUUCGACGACUCCGUAAAUGACCUUAACAAAGGUUUGUACGCGGAUCUUUUUGAAAAAGGGCGGAAAAACCCAAACGGAUGCCCGAUUUCUGCCACCUUCUACGUUUCUCACGAGUGGACCGAUUACAGUCAGGUACAGAAUCUGUACGCUAAUGGUCACGAAAUCGCGUCCCAUACAGUUUCGCACAGUUUCGGCGAACAAUUUUCCCACCGGAAAUGGGCUCGCGAGGUCGCGGGUCAACGCGAAAUUCUCGCAGCCUACGGUGGCGUGAAAUUGGACGACAUCAAGGGGAUGCGCGCACCCUUCUUAUCGGUCGGUGGCAACAACAUGUUCAAAAUGUUGUGGGACACUAACUUCACGUACGAUUCGUCGAUGCCGGUUUACGAGAAUCGUCCACCGAGCUGGCCGUACACCCUCGAUUACAAGCUUUUCCACGACUGCAUGAUUCCACCUUGCCCGACGAGGUCGUACCCCGGUCUCUGGGAAGUUCCUAUGGUCAUGUGGCAGGAUCUCAACGGUGGAAGAUGUUCGAUGGGCGACGCCUGCAGCAACCCACCGACCCCCGAAGGAGUCUACAAAAUGCUCAUCAAGAACUUCGAACGACACUACACGACGAACAGGGCACCAUUCGGUCUUUUCUACCACGCGGCGUGGUUCACACAGGCCCACCACAAGGAGGGAUUCAUAUCGUUUUUGGACACUAUUUUGGCAAUGGACGAUGUUUGGCUCGUAACGAACGCCCAGGCGAUUGAAUGGGUCAGGAACCCGACCCCGAAUUCUCUUUUGCCAAACUUCGAACCCUUCCAGUGCAAUCAUCAGGGAAGACCAAAGAAGUGCAACAACCCCAAAGUCUGCAAUCUGUGGCACAAGAGUGGAGUGAGGUACAUGAAGACGUGUCAACCUUGUCCGGACAUAUAUCCCUGGACCGGAAAGACCGGGAUUCGCAGUAGUCGCAUAGACAACGAGGUCGACACCCACGAAUGAUUAGGUCAAAUCGUACUUAAAAUGAAAGAAUUAGGUAUGACAGGCAAUCCUCUUUUAUUUUUAUACCAACGAGGUUGGGCUCAAACAUCCCACAAUAAUUAACAUCGUCCAAAGGA